AUGAGCGCGGGCAUGGGUGGCUUCUGGCCGGAGCCGUGGCUGCCGCAGUCGCUCGGCUCCCCGGGCCUGGCCCUCGCCGCGGGCCUGCUGCUGCUGGUCUUGUGCCUGAGCGCGCGGCGCACCAGGAGACGUGGUGAGCCUCCAUUGAUAAAAGGCUGGCUUCCUUACUUUGGACAAGCCCUGAAAUUACAAAAAGAUCCUCUGGGUUUCAUGACUACUCUUCAAAAGCAGUAUGGUGACAUUUUCACUCUUCUCCUUGGAGGAAAGUAUAUAACAUUUAUCCUGGAUCCUUUCCACUACACGUCAGUGGCAAAAAAUCAAAAAUUAAGCUUUCAAAUAUUUACUAAUAAAUUCUUAAAGAGAGUAUUUUCUAUCAAAAAGAUGAUAACAGAUUCUGACCUCAUCGACGAGAUUCAUAGUACCUAUCAAUUUUUACAAGGGAAGCAUUUGGACAUACUGAUGGAAAGCACAAUGCAGAAUCUGAAACAAGUUUUUGAACCCCAACUUUUAAAAACCACAAGCUGGAGCACGGAAUAUUUGUUGCCAUUCUGCAACUCAGUGAUAUUCGAAAUGACAUUUACAACCAUAUAUGGAAAUGUUCUUGCUGAUGAUAAGAAAACAUUUAUUACUGAGUUAAAAGAUGAUUUUUUAAAAUUUGAUGAAAAAUUCACACGUUUAGCAUCAGGCAUACCCAUUGAGCUUCUAGGAAACCUCAAGUCUGUUCGAACUAAACUUAUAAAAGACUUGACAAUAGAAAGCUUAGCUAAGUUACAAGGACUAUCUGAAGUUGUUCAAAGAAGGAAUGAUAUCCUGGAGAAAUACUAUAUGCCCAAGGACACUGAAAUAGGAGCACAUCAUUUAGGCUUGCUCUGGGCCUCUGUGACAAACACUGUUCCAACCAUGUUCUGGGCAAUGUAUUACCUUCUACGGCACCCGAAAGCUAUGGCCGUGCUGCGUGACGAAAUUGACCAUUUGCUGCAGUCAACAGGUCAAAAGAAAGGGCCCGGAUUUUCCAUCUACCUCACCAGAGAACAAUUGGACAGCCUGGUCUACCUUGAAAGUACCAUUCUUGAGGUUUUGCGACUCUGCUCCUUUUCUGGCAUCUUUCGUUUCGUUCAAGAGGACUUGACACUUCAUUUAGAGAGCCAGGACUGCUGUCUGCGAAAGGGAGACUUUGUCGUCAUCUUUCCUCCCAUCUUACACCACGACCCUGAAAUCUUUGAAGCUCCAGAAGAGUUUAGAUUUGAUCGUUUUACAGAAAAUGGUAAGAAGAAAACCACCUUUUUUAAAAGAGGGAAAAAGCUGAAGUAUUACCACUUGCCAUUUGGAUUGGGAGUCAGCAAAUGUCCAGGCCGAUUUUUGGCCAUGGUUGAAAUAAAGCAAUUGUUGGUUGUGCUUUUAAGUUACUUUGAUUUAGAAAUAAUUGAUAAUAAGCCCUUAGAACUAAACUAUAGCCGCUUUUUGUUUGGUAUUCCUUACCCAGACUCUGAUGUUUUAUUUAGAUACAAAAUAAAAUCGUAA